AUGAAACCCGACCAUAACAAUCCACUUGCUGUGGUUCUACCAUACAAUUUCACCAAUGGAAAUGAAUAUCCAACAGAGGUGUUAGCGGCACGUUUCCUGGCUUGGAGAGUGGUGCUCAAGGAUAUCGUGACUUAUCUCCGGGAAUAUGCUAAUGUGCAAGAAGAAAUUGUCAGGCAGCAGAUGCGGUUACAACAGGCUGUCGGCCAGUCGGUCGGCUUGUCCACCGGUUCUGGUCACGAGAAAAACCACACAAAUUCAACCCAUGGCGGCCAGGAUCUGAUGAAUACAUUCUUUCUUCCUCUCGGUAACGGCUCGGUUCAAGAUAUACCUGGAGUAUUGACGAAAUACCACCUGCAAAAUGUUGCAAACUCUUCCAAGACCCUCAAAGAACUCAACCAGGUUAUUAUUCCCAAACUCGACGAAUUGCGUCGGGACCUCUUGGUGAAGAUCAAGGAAAUCAAGAACUUGCACAACGACUUUAAGACCAAUUUGGGCAAGGAACUCGCGGAAACGAAGCACCUUUAUGCUCAGUAUAUCCAGAACAUCGAACUCUCCAAUAAGCUUGAACAUGGCUCGCACCCAGCAGCCCCAAUACAGCACGAGGGCGAGCAUGGAAAAUUGGACCCAUACUUGGCGAAAAUGAAACUCGACCGCCAGUUGAAGAGACAACUCGUGGAGGAAAACUACUUGUACGAGGCUUACUCCAACUUACAGGGUGCAGGCGGAAAACUCGAGUCAAUUGUGGUUCUCGAGAUCCAAAACUACCUUCUGUCGUUCUUGGGACUCAUUGAUGUGGAACACUCAACGUUGGACAAAAUCUUGUUUCCUGGCAUCCGAGACGGAUUUCUUUCCAAAGAGUCCACUUUUGAAUGGGACUCAUUCAUCAACAGAAACCUUCCUUCCAACUCUGCGUCUGUUUCUGCCGUUGGCAACAAUCCCAGUGGAGCCAUUUCUGGAACUUUUAUUGAUCUCACCUUCCCUGCGAGAAAGUUUCACGACAUCGCAAUUCCCCAUGCCGAGUCUGCUCUUAACGUUGCCGUGCGCGAGGGAAAGCUCGAGCGUCGUUCAAAGUACUUGAAGUCAUACUCAAGCAGCUGGUACGUUUUGACAUGCAGCUUUAUCCAUGAAUUCAAGACACCUGAUCGGAAAAAGGACAUGCAACCAGUUUUGUCAUUGCUGUUAGACACUUGUCAAGUGACCGACCACUCCAGAGAUGAUGGUAAGAGUGAUGGUUUUUACAAGUUUGUUCUUACAUCCAAGCUGACCAGUGGUCCAUUCCAUCGUAGCCACAAUCUAGUCUUCAGAACGAACACCUACAAGGAGAUGAUUGAUUGGUACAACGAUAUUAAAGCUUUGACAAGUCUUCCCACACCAGCAUCUCGUGCACGCUAUAUUGCCAAGCGGUUAAAGCUUCUGGACAAGAACAAAUUAUCGAGAACCGCGAGCUUAGUCUCCAAUGGCACUAACACGAAGUCGAUCAAGACGGUGACGACAAACCAAUCUAGAGCAGCUACCGAAAGAUCGAAAGCGGCCUCUACAAGGUCAAAAGCAGCAUCACCGGCAGCAUCACAGGCAACAUCAGGUAUAAACAACCGCCUCUCUUCGACGUUCUCGCUGAAGAAUGCCAACUCGCCUCGUUUGCCCAACAUGAUUAACUCGGAUGGAACCAUCAUCACUCCAGUUGAGACCUAUCAGGAUGAGAGAGUUAGACAGCAACAAAAGCACGGUGAUGACUCUAGUCUUCAUCCUCAACAACAAUAUGUCCAACCUGGGUUCCAAGGUGGCUAUAUCAUCGCAUCACCAGGAGCGGCUCCACAUCAGUUCUACGAUCCUGUCCAGCAGCAGUACUACACCAUUACUCCAGCCCAACCCAACUCGGCCCAAGGUCAACCACCAUCUCAGCCACAACCACAAUACUUUCCCACGUCACCUCAAUUGAGUGUCCAACAACAAUUUAUUCCUGUUCCUCAGACCCAAGGAAUGCAUUCUCCUAUGGGUUUCCCCCAAGGACAAUUCCCUCAUUAUCCUCAGCAAACGUAUAGUGAUGGUACUACUUGGGGAGGCCAACUUCCUUACCCACACCAGAAUGAUAACUCUGAGUUAGAGUCACAGGUUUCAGCCUUCCCACCUCAAGAGCCUGAGAAAGGUGCAAACGCAGAAAAGGAUGAGCAAGAGGAAGAAAUGAACGACACCACCAUCCAGCCUUCAGGAAACGAAAACGAGGGAGAUGACGUUGAAACGUUGGAGACUAAAAAGACAGAGGAAUUACAAGAUGGCGUAAAAAAUGUGUCCCUUACAUGA